UCCCCUUGUUGAAGGAACAUGGCGGAUCGGCUCACGCAGCUGCAGGAUGCGGUGAACUCGCUUGCAGAUCAGUUUUGUAAUGCUAUUGGAGUGUUGCAGCAGUGUGGUCCUCCUGCCUCUUUCAGUAAUAUUCAGACAGCAAUUAACAAAGAUCAACCAGCUAAUCCUACAGAAGAGUAUGCCCAGCUCUUUGCAGCCUUGAUUGCACGAACAGCAAAAGACAUUGAUGUUUUGAUAGAUUCCUUACCCAGUGAAGAAUCUACAGCUGCUUUACAGGCUGCUAGCUUGUACAAGCUAGAAGAAGAAAAUCACGAAGCUGCUGCAUGUUUGGAGGAUGUAGUUUAUCGAGGGGACAUGCUUCUGGAAAAGAUACAAAGUGCACUUGCUGACAUCGCACAGUCACAGCUGAAGACGAGAAGUGGCACCCAUAACCAUUCCCUCCCAGAUUCCUAGUGCCAGAAUGUGCCUGCUGUGUGCCUGAGGAACUCUUUCAGUGCCACUACAAAUUUUGCAUCAGAUUAAGAUGUAAGCCUUACCAACUUCUCAGCACUAUGACAUGCUAUCUUUUUAGGUAUUUUUUAAUAGUAUUCUAUUUUCACUCUUGAUAAAAAAUUGUAAAGUUGGGAUUGAACCAGCUUUAAUCCAUCGUUAGACCCUCGUUUUUAAUUAUCUGAAUAAAAUUAUUGAGCUGAUAUUGUAUCAACAAUCAUAAUUUAAUUAAACAGAUGUACUAUAAAAUAUAAAAGUC